UAUAUAAUUAAAAUUGUAUAAUUACAAGUUUACGUUAAAAUCGAAGGUGACGUUUGAUAAUCUGUGCUCUCUUUCUUUUCUUCUCACAAAAAAAAAAGUGAGAGACGUGUGGCGUGUACGUUUAAAUUUGAAAACACUGAGGAGCUUAAUGUUUAUUGGUUAGUGACGUCAAAUAUUUAAAAAGGAGAUUACAGCUUUUCUUAUUCUUAUAGCUUUUAUAUAAAUAAAAUUUUUAUUUGUAAACUUAUGUUACAAGUAAAGGACCUAACCUCAAAGGGAUCUAACGGUUUCUGAUGGCCAACUAUCAUGAGACCACAUUUGGAGAUUUUGAAGUAGAUGAGCGGUUUAAAAAAUUACAACGCUCAUUGAAACUAGCUGUACUGAAGCAAGAACAGAGUAAGAGCACACAUAACAUGAAAGUGUCAUCCAUGACAGCAUAUCCAUCCUGGCCUAGCAUAUCCAGCAUUAACGUAGACACUAUGGACAGUUGCACAGCUCCAUCACUGCAAACUUCUCUAAUCAAGAGCGAGGUCAUAGCCUCCAGCAACAAUCUGAGAAACAUGGUCUUAAAGAAGAAGAGUCAUAACACCAACCAAAAAGCAAUGGUCACGUCCAGCGUCAAGCAGUAUCACAUUCAGCAGGAUAGACCUAAUAAUGAUCAGCAUAUCAUGCCACCUCCAGUGAAAAGUAAGGUUUAUCGUGUCUCCAAGGAUUUACAGGACAGAAUCUAUAUGUCGUCAAAUUGCAAUGAAACUGAGAAAACACCGUCACUUAACAAUUCUAAGCAGUCUUUCAAAACAGAUACAUUUUCCUUGAAGACCGCUCCUAGUUGGAUAUCCAUUAAUACAAAUUCUGACAAGAUUCACUUGAAUAAUCUUGUUGCAUCACCAACUCCUACUAAUAUUCAUAAGAUUGACCAAGUGUUUUCAAAAUGGAAAGUUAAAUUGAAUGACCAGUACGAGUUAAUAAUUAAAGGGACAUUAACAUGUGGAAGGCUUGCACGCAGCAAACCGAUUAUAAGAAGAUAUUCUGCGACAUGCAUCGAAUCCAAAUACAAGCAUAAAUAUAUUCUACAAGGAAACAUUACCGAUGAAAGAAAUGCGUUGCCAGAUUAUAUUCGCGGAAAAUUUUAUAAUGGCUUUCCUGACGAUUGGGAGAACGUUUACCAAAUCUGGAGGACAUAUGUUAGCCAAGGAUGUCCAGUGACGUUUCGUUGGCCCACCCGUAUUACCGACAGUGACGACGAUUUAAAGACCGAAUUUACAGAUUUGACGUAUACAUGCGUAAGGAAUAAGAAAAUUACUUCUGCAACGGGAUCUUGUAACUUAAACGAGUAUCCGAAGACUAAAAAUCUGACAUACAAAUCAGAUUUUGAAAAGAAGGAAACAUCUCAUAAUUACUUUACUCAUGAUUCACAAAAUUAUGAUAAAAAUACUUCAUUUAUAAAGUCUUUUAUCUCUAAUUCCAAAAAGGAUAUAAUUCCUGUCGUGCAAACAAAGCAUGUAAAGCAACCGUGUGGUAAUGAAAACAAGCAACAAAAUGUCAAAGCAGAUGUAAAUUCACCAUGCAGUUCCAAGAAAGUGAAAAAUAAUUUAAAGGACAUUCUCCAGGAGGACAAACUAAACAUCAUUAUCAAUAAUUUAGCAGACAAAAAUUGUUCUCCGAAAUAUAUUGAAAAGAUUAUUGAGAUGUUUGAUUGUUUGGACUAUGUAGUGUCUUACAGAACAGAAUCGGAAUGCAAUAAUGACUCGAUGAUCUCCAUGAAUCACGAAACAUCAAAGUCGGAAACGGUACCAGUACAACAGAAUAUAAUGUGCGAUGCGAGUCGCGCAAACAUUAAUAAACUUGAAAAUAAUCUAACAGAACCGAAAAGCGAGAUACAGAGGAAUAAUGUUGACGUGUACGGACACUCCGCCGAUCUGGGAUACGGAAGCUUAAGAAAUGAUUCUCAUGCUAAUCAGCUAUCGAAUCAGGUAAAUGUUAACAAACCAAUGGAAAACGACAAGAAUUCAGAUUUAUCGGAGAGCGAGACUUACGCGGGCGUACCCAAAAUAUCGAUCGAACGAGUUUUAAAAACGAUAGAUCUGUCCAGAAGGAUACACAGACGUAAGGUGAAAAAAAAACCAGAAUCUCAGAAGUGUACAAUGAAUCUGUCACACAGUGCAGAGGAAAUUAAGUCCAAAUCGGUUCAUGUGGCGAAUCCAAUCGCUAAGAAUUUACCUUCCAUUGAGUCUUGCGUUAGUAUUACGGAAGAUGAAGAGGAAAUAACGAACGACACAAGGGAGUGUCGCCAGAUAAUGGAAAUUGCUCGAAGACCACAAGAAAUGAUUUUUUCCAAUCACCGAGAAACACACAGAAGUAAUUUUGAUCUGUACAAGGGAGACAAGUCUGUGACGCAAAAUAAACAACCGUUCGAUACUUUCGAUAAUUCGACAGUCAAUUUGAAUGUUUUUAUAAAGGAACAGAAAACUCCUCAUAAAGUUCAAGAAGACACGCGUUUGCCAUUCGUUGCGGACGUUGACUACACCGCUACUUCUGAUAUUGACGUUGUAACUGUGAGCACGAAUACUGAAACGACAAACGGGAGUGCGAUAACAUCACAUGCUAAGAUGGACAAAGAAAUUGUGAUAAACAACGAAACUAAUAGUAACUUGCCUGAAAAUCCUUUGUUGACAUUACGUAGAGAAUUUACCGAGCAAAUAAAAAGCGAGACUGCAGUAAAGAAAUCUAAACCUACCAUAAUCAGUUCGAUGCCAGUAAAUUUGAACUUGAAAAUAAGUAGAGCAGGCUCGAACACUGCACAACCGCAAAUAAUUGUGAGAAAGGAGGAAAAGCAGGAUGCAAGUAUUCGGCCGUUGGAGGAAACUGACAGGAAGACGUUAGUAUCGAAGACGUCAAUUGCUACAAAAUCCACUAAUAAUAAUUCUCAUUCAAAGAUAACAGUUGAUAAUAAAAGAGAAAUUUGUCCGAUAACAAAUAGCAAAAAUGAAUUGAAGACAUCAACUGCUACAAAACCUACAAUUAAUGAUUCUCAUUCGAAAACAACAGUUAACGAUAAAAGAGAUAUUUGUCUGAUAACAAAUAACAAAAGUGAAUCAGAUAAUAUAAAGUCUACUAAUCCGAAGAUGAAUCUCAUAAUUGAGCAACCUAAUAACAGUAAGCUUGGAACUGAAGAAAAUCCCAAAAUGUUGACCGCGUGGAUGCCAAAAAUAGUACAUUAUGCAAAAUCAAAAUCUGAAUUAGGUUUAAUUUUUCAAGGAAAAUUGCUCAACGAUGCUGAUCACGUUGUCAAUAGGAAAUUUAGUACAAACGUUGUGCUGAAGCGAUUAUCACCGACACUCAUUGAAACGGUGAAUCAUGAAUUCUAUAAGCUUCUUGGACCCUUAAACGACAAUAAGCAUAAUAUUCCCAAAGAACUUGUGAAACAAUGUCGUUACGGAUGUCCUGCGAAGAUCGAGCAAUUUUGUUUGUCUUGGAAAACACAAUACGAAAUUAAAGAAAAACCUCAUGAUGCAACAAUGAAUGCUCCUGUUAGUUCGAGGGGUCGUCGUAUUAUACCUCCAUUAUGUUAUUGGACAGGUGAACGUAUAACUCUAAAAGAUAACAAUCUUGUCUAUAGUCCGGGCAAUUCACAGGAAUCGUCAUUACUUUCGUUAACUGAUAACUCAAAAGAAAUUCAAAAAAAUGUGGAUACUGAAGAAAAAAAGAAACAGAAAGUGAAUUCUAAAAGUCCAAAGAAACAAAGUGUAAAUAAGCAAACUUCAUUGCCUGAGUCAAAUAAAACUUCUAAUACAAAUAAAAAUCAAACGAUUAUUAUUAAAAAGUCUCGAGAUUACAAAACAUCACCUAAAGACAAAGAUUUUACAAAAAACGAAAAAAAAUUUGAUAACGCGAAAUCUCGAAAAUCCACCAGUAAUAAACGACGAUUAGUAAAAAAGUUAACAUUCUCAACUACUGAAUCCAGCGAAGAGGAGGAAAAAGCAUCUCCGCGAAAGCGUGUGCGCAAUGCUCACACAAAUAAAAAUGCAGAUGCAGAAACACGAUAUACUAUGACGUUAAGGAAACGACAAAAGAUAGAAAUACCUUCGAACAGAAUUUUACGUGGAGACACAACCAAAUCUAGGCCACAUACAAUCUGUUCACCAAAUAUUUACCAAACAUGUUACUCACCAACAAAAAAAUCUAAAAACCAACAGAUAACAUAUACUUAUUAUAAAGAUAUUGUUCAAGAGGACUUCCUAUCAGAAGAUGAAGUAUCGUGUAUAUAAUUUCAUUUAAACAUUAAAUAACAAUUUUGUUUAUUGAUAAGAAUGCAAAGUUGUAUUCUAAAAAAAUAUCUAUACAUUUCUACGUGUCUGUUAUAAAAAUUGUCUUGUAAAUACUAAGUGUGUUAUUUUAUUUUGGUAAAUUAUAUUGAGAAGAAAUUGUAACAUUCUCUUUUCUCAAUGAUUUUUUUGUAUGCACAAUUUUUGUUUGUUUACAACAAUAAUUACGAAAGUACCAUUACUAUUUAAUUUUAAUAAAAUAUGAAAAGUGUAA